CCCGGAUGUUGUCUCGCACCGGAAGAGAAGGGGCAGCUUUCCCAGCCAUCUUGUGUCAGCAUCCAGCGACUCGCUCGCAUCAAGCCUCUUCAAAUCGGCGGUAAAUCCAGCUGAAGGGGCGCCAUCAUGCCCGGGCACCUGCAGGAAGGCUUCGGCUGCGUCGUAACCAACCGCUUCGAUCAGCUACCGGACGACGAGUCGGACCCGUCGGAGAUCUUGAAAGCUGCCGAGAACAAGAAGAAGGAGGCGGCCGCCGCUGCCUCCGCUAAGAGCGCCGCUCAAGCCUCCAAGCCGCCCAAGAAGGAGUCACAGAAGGAUAGGAAGAACCUGCUCGCGGAUAAGAAGGACGAGCCCCAACCGCCGGUGCCGCUGAAAAAAGAAGGCAUGAGGCGAGUGGCUCGACGGCCAGAACAGCAGCAGGGUCACCAGGGCUCGCAGCAGCAGGGGGGCCAAGGUGAAGGGCGACCCGGAGACAAACGGCCAGACCGCAGACCCCCUCGAGAGCGACGCUUUGAGAAACCGGCCGAGGGAGACGGCGCCGACUUCCCUGCGGAGAAGCCCUCCGGAGACCGACCACCAAGAGGGCGAGGCGGCGGCCGAGGUGGCCGCGGAGGCCGAGGGCGGGGCAUGGGCAGAGGGGACGCUUUCGACUCUCGCGGGAAACGAGACUUUGACAGACACAGCGGCGCUGACAAAUUGAAUCAGAAAAGCGAGAAGCGCAGUGGCAGCGGCUCACACAACUGGGGGAAUGUGAAGGAGCAAGUCAGCGAGGCCGAACCGAGCCCCGCCCCCGCUGCCGAGACCACCACGGAGGGUGAGGAGCAGGCGCCCGCCGGCUCGGAGAAUAAGGAGAACGAGGCGGAAGACGUGAAACCCGAAGGCCCCCGAGAGAUGACGCUGGACGAGUGGAAGGCCAUGCAGGACAAGGAGCGCACCAAGGUGGAGUUCAACAUCCGCAAGGCCAACGAGGGUACCGACAGCCAGUGGAAGAAAGGAUACGUGCUGCACAAGUCCAAAAGCGAAGAUAGGCCUGUCGGAACUUUGAUUGACGCCCCGGAAACAGAAGUCGACGCACAAAGCCUGUACCAAAAGGGCACUGCGGACGAAUCCACCGAGCACCACUUCCGCAAGCCGGCCAACGACAUCACCUCUCAGCUGGAGAUCAACUUUGGAGACCUGGGCCGCCCCGGCCGCGGGCGCGGGGGCCCUCGCGGUGGCAGGGGGGCCCGCGGCGGGGGAGGCGGCAGGCCAGUGCGCAGCGGCCCAGCCCGCUCUGAAAAGGCAAGUGGUGUGUCGGUCCCCAACGUGGAUGACCCCGAGGCCUUCCCCGCCCUGGCCUGAAGGCUCCUUUGUUUCCCCCGGCCGACUCCUCCAUCAGCCCCCUAUUCUGCCCUGACCCCCCACCCACACACACACACAUUUACAAGGCUUGCAUGCUUACACCAUUCUCAAAUAUUUAAGUAACCCAAAUGACAAAAAAAAAGACAGUCAUCCCCGACUCGAUUUUACCAGCGAACACGACAAAAACGUUGGAAAAAGGACCUCUUGCUACACGGACAUUUUGUAUUUCGAAACAUGAAGGCAGGGAUGUUUUUAUUGGUUUUCACUCGGCCAUUAUGCCUCAUCCAUCGAGUUUGGUUUGUGCCGCUUGAAAAGAUGAAUAUCUGCAAUUUGGGGCUUUCAGCAGUGAGGGUGCCUCGUUCAGCUCAGUAUUAUGGAGGCCUACAGUCGAAGACUUUGGAGAACUUCUCCCCCCCCGCCCCCGUCUCCCUCCCUCCCCCCCACUGUAACGAUACACACUGACGUGGUAGCACUACACUACAUAUGAAACGUGUACUAGAUAGCUGAAGUGUGACUUUUUCAAAAUUGUUAUCAUCCUGACGAUCUCUUUUUGAGAGGCACAAAGUGAGGCAACGGUGACAACCUACUCAAAAAAAAAAAACCUGCUUGGAAUUUCUUCGCUUGUUGUGCAGUGAAAGUUAAUGCCUCUUUUUCGUGGGGGGCAUAGUUUUUUUUGGGGGGGGGGGGGGUGGACCAGUGCUUAGUAAUGCUUUGUAUCCCCCCCCCCCCCCCGAUCCAGAUGUGCCGCCUGUUUGCAACAAGUGUGUAUCUUUAGGCUGGUCCUCUUAGCUCAUACAGACUGUACGACUUGUAAAUUCAGGACCACUACACAAAUGCUUUUAUUUUUUAUUUCUUCUGUUCAAAAGUGUGAGCGUGCGAUUGAAUGUGCAACUGUGACUGCUGGUUUCUUAAAAAGUAUCGGUCCCUUUCAUCCGGUGCCCGGCCGGGCGAGGCGACCGCACAGGUCCAACGCAUCUCAAAAAAAAAGCUCUCGGUCUUCGUUUCUGAAGAGUCCACUCGUUUCUGCAGACCACAUUUUGCUGCGUGUUUUAUUCUUGUUAUUUUAUGAGUGCAGUGGCACAAUGUCUGCUGUUGCGGAACAAUUAGGAUCUACAGAACAUUAACUCCUGUGAAAGAAGAAGCUCUGAGGGGCUAAAGCGUAGCAAGAAUGUUGAUUGGACAGUGCCGAAGGUUUUGUCGCUGCCCCCCCCCCCCCCUUUAUACGACUGUUUGAGCCACAUGACUAUAAAACUUUGUGUAAACAUCCCUGUUCUAAUAAAUUGCUUUAGAAGUGUAAAAUAUAGUCUCCAAAUGGAAUGCCAAGUCUUCAUUUUAAGAACAAAGUGGCAGUGGGGGAUGUCGGGUAAAAGUUGCAAGGCAGAAAUUCAUCAUGGCACUGCUUCUACAUUUUGUAACUUGCCUCCUUUAUUGUUAGCUAAAAUGAAGACCGCAUGACAUCUUGAAAUGUGGUCAUGUAAAUGAUAAAAAAAAAAAAAAAACACUGGUGCAGGUUUUAAUGCUUGCAGUCAUUUAGCAGCUUUUGUGUUUGCAGCUAUUGUGUACAAUAUUUGUUGGUGCCAUUUCAUGUUUUCAUUCCAGUCCUGGCUGCUCUUUGGGAAAUGUGUAUCUGGCCUAGUAAGGUUAAUCUGUUUAGAAGAAGACAAAGUUAUGCUAUAGAAUUGGCCAUUAGUGUAAAAUGUUUUUGGAAAUAAAGGGUGAAGUCAAGCCUUUACAA